AUGCCAUCCUGUUCUACGGCACCAACUUACAAUUGCUCCCAGUCUGAAUUUCCAAAUCUCCAGGAGUUCGCCCACGGAUAUGACAUAGUUCAUAUUCCUUUGAGCUUGGCCAUUUGCGUCUUUGGUGUCUUCGGUAAUAUUGCUAAUGUUAUCGUACUUAGUCAACCAGGAAUGCAAUCGUCAACAAACCUCCUGAUGUCGGCUUUAUCUAUUGGAGAAGGCUCGGUAAUGGCCGUACAUGCUUUCUACGUUUGUAUGUUCAGAAUUGAUCCAAAACUUGAACGAGGAAUGUCAAAACCUGCUGCCUACGUUCUUUACAUUAUAGUGUACGCGCAGAGUCUUUUUCAUGUUUUCUCCUCAUGGAUGAUUGUAUUUCUGACGCUUUUUCGUCUCGUUUUCAUGAGAGCAGGUGUAGCCGCUCUACAUAUUUGUAAUUACAGACGCGCGAAGAUUAUUAUUAUUACAGACGUGGUAAUGUCCCUGAUAGUGGCUUCUCCAUUCCUAUUCGCACACCAUGUUGAUAAGGACUGCAUAAAUUCAGAAGAUCGGUCACCUUCGUACAAACUUGAUUUUGUUCCAAAUGAAGUGCUUAAAACUCUACUUCUUAUAAGCUCAGGAGUCUUCAUGAAAGCUCUUCCAAUUGUCUUUAGUACUUUAUUCACAGCUUUAUUGAUUAGGACUCUUCUUCAAUCACAGAAAAGGCACAAUCGACUCCAAAAUGAGAAGUCUGAAACUGAGCAGCGAUUUCUUGCAAAUCAGGCCGAACUCUCUGCAAAGAAUACAUUCACUACUCUAGCAGAACAAUCAGAGAAUAAGUCGCCUAAAAGACCCUUUAACCAUGAUUCAAGCAGCCGAAAUAUUCAUCAGACUACAAAUAUCCUGAUAGCAUUAACGGUGCUCUACAUUGUUACAUAUUUACCUCAAGCAAUAAUGCUUCUUCUACUGAAUAUCUACGGUGCAUGCUUUGAGGUGAAUGUAUACGAAAAGUUGGGAGACUUUAUGGAUCUAAUGACCUUAAUCUGCAACUGUGGCAAUUUUGUUCUCUACUGCGCGCUCUCGUCAAAAUUCAGAGAAACCUUUGUUCAACUGUUUUGCUCCCUUCUACGAUUCAGAAAGUGUUCUCGCUAA